AUGCCGGCGCCUGUAUUUUCCUGGAAGAUAAGAGAUAAAUCCCUGUUAUCAAACAAAAGGGUUCAUAUUUUGCAGUCCGGUUCAUUAAAGUUUGAACAUGUACAAACCUCUGACGCUGCUAACUACACGUGCCGAGCCGAGAAUAAAUAUGGAACAGACGAAAUCAUCAUUGCCGUCAGUGUCAAAGUAAAGGAAAAACGUCCAAGUCCGCCGAGUCCGCCAUUUGUAAUGCUUGCAUCGACGACAUCGUCCACAAUUCAAAUAAACUGGAAAUCUCGCAGAAAUGGUGGCAGUCCAAUUAAAGGUUUCUAUAUGAAGUUCAAGAAAGAACAUGGCGAAUGGCAAACCAUUAAAUCUGACCGUCAAAGCCGUACCCACACGUUCACGGGGCUUAAAUGUGGUACUGGAUAUCGGUUUUUGCUGAACUCUUUCAAUGUGAUUGGAGUCAGUUCUGACAGUCCUCAGAUCAUUGCUAAGACGAAUGGUUCCUGUAAGAAAGAAUUCUUUAUUUAUUUGUUUCUGGAUUUAUCACAGAUAUUUCUUAUUAAUAUUAUCGUUUCAUUCAGCUUGAUAAUAUUCAGUUUUUCUUUAUUUCAUUCUUUCUUUCUUUCCUUCUUUCUUUAUUUCCUUCUUUCUUUGUUUCUUUUCUUCUUCUUUUUCUUGAUUCAUUAUCUUAUAUCUUUCUUUCUUCCUAUCUUCAUCUAUCUAUCUAUCUAUCUAUCUAUCUCUUCUGUUCAUAUCUAUUUAUCUAUCUAUCUAUCUAUCUAUCUAUCUAUCUAUCUAUCAUUUUAA